AUGGAUCUCGGGGAAUUACGCGAAAUACAAGAAAAUGAAAUUGAAGCACUCAAAGCAAUUUUUAUGGACGAUUAUGUCCAAGUGGCAAAUAAGACGCCGUGGAAGGUAGCCAAUUCUACGCCCGAGUUUAUCUUACAUUUGGCUCCUUUGGGAGUUGAAAAGGAGGAAGCCCAUGUUUCGAUUGAUCUCAAAGUGAGAUUUCCAAAAGCCUAUCCAAACAAACCGCCCGAUCUGCAUCUUGCUUCAGCCCGAAACCUAUCCCCAACCGUCGUUCGUCUUCUUCAUGACACGCUCCAGGCCGCUGCAAAGGAUAUGCUUGGUCGAGAAAUGAUGUACGAUCUUGCAGAUCUGGCCCAAUCGUUCCUUGCUAACCAUAACAACCCGCCUCCCGAAGGUAGCAAGAUGAGUUUCCAUGAACAAAUGGUCAAGCGUAUGGAAAAUGAUCUCAAGGUUGAAAAGGAGCGGGAAUUGAGGGAACAGACGCGAAAAGCAGAGGAAGAAGAAGCCGAGCGACGGAUUCAGUCUGAAAUGAUCAAUGCGAAAAUCCAACAGGAGAUCGAACGAAAACGUCAGCAUGCACAAGCAGCUCGUAAAUUUCAACAAGAACAGCUCGGAUACAUGGAUGACGAAGCCGAUAACGAUAUCCACAGUGGACAGGAAGAAGAUGACAUGGAGGCAUCACGACGUACAAUGGCCGACGAAAGCGACAUUACCAAAGUUAUCUUUGAAAAUCUAGUAUCGGUUCCCAUCGAGGACAAACAAGUUUGUUUCCACGCUGUCGCUUUGGGAUCACGUAUCGGUCGUGGCCUGAUCAGCGAAACAUUCGCAGCCCAACCACUCAAACACAAAGCCGUCAAUCAAAAUGGACAAGUGGAUGAAGAGCUCAUGGAUUCACAAGCGCUUCCGUCCUUAAUCGCCGUGAAACGCGUCAAGGUAUCCGGAUCGUACUACAUGACACCCUCAGGCAAGCGCAAGCUCCAAGAAGUAGAGUGGGAGCUUGAUCGGCUGCGAUCUCUCCAGCAUCCGAAUAUUCUGGCGAUUUACGAUGCCAAAUUGGAACGCUCCAAGCUUGAAAACAAUCGGUGGAUCUUGCAUGUCUUGAUGGAGCACGAGCAAGGGUCGACUUUACGCGAUUUGCUACAAACAUGCGGAGGAGGUCUUCGGCUCGGUAUUGUGCAGAAAUACAUGAAACAAUUGCUUUGGGCAGUCAAUCACGUUCAUCUCAGUGGAUUCAUAUGUCGCGAAAUCAGUGCAACAGACGUGUUUUGCAACAAGGCACAAGUGAUCAAGCUCGCCAAUGUCAGCUACAGCCGUCGUUUACGCGACCUCAAUCGAUCCAACUCCCUCGACGACUCUUUACAAGACGGAUCGGCCGACUUGAUACCUUCGUGGAUAUCCCCGGAACUGCGCGAGCGACCGGGCGUGUAUAAUCGAAAGAACGAUAUCUGGUGUCUUGGCGUCGUUUUUCUAGAGAUGCUCUGGGGCACAGACAUCACCAAAGAGUUUGGCGAUUUCGACGCAUUUCUUCGUUCAGAAUCCAACGAACUACCCUCAGUUGCCCGUGAACUGGCAAAGAAAAUGCUACAUCGCGAUCCAAGGAAGCGUUUGACAGCGAUUGAUCUUUUAAAAGACCGGUUCUUUGCUGACAGCAACAACAAGUCUUUAGCAGUAGAAGAAAUGACCAGUAUUCUUCCUACCGAUAACCAUACUGUCAAGCCCAUGCAAGAGGAACUGAUACAGCGGGACGGUGGAGGUGGCGUCGUCACUGGAGGGUGGGGUGCAAUACCAUUUGAACCGUCUGUAGCUCCGCAUCAUCAACAUCAUCCUCAACAACAAAGAGUGAUACCAUCUCCAUUGCUUGCACCUGCUGCAGCAUCGCAUCAGCCAGGACCAAUGUCGCGGUACAAAUCCGAUUUUGAAGAAAUCGAGUUCUUGGGCAAAGGAGGUUUUGGUGAAGUUGUCAAGGCCAGAAACAGAUUGGAUGGCCGUUUGUAUGCUAUCAAGAAAAUUCGACUAGAUCCCCGGGAUAGUGAAGACUUGCGAAAAAUUCUGCGUGAGGUCCAGACACUAUCGAGUUUGCAUCAUCAAUAUGUGGUCCGAUACUACGCUACUUGGUUCGAAGACGCGGAUGGAACUAGCUCGAGAUACAGUGAUGAUGAAGAUUAUACAGAAGACGAAACGGAUUCGGAAUACGAUGAAGACGAGGACGAAGAUGUUAGCGUGUUACAGAAGCGAUAUGAUUUUUUGUCUCUCGACCAUUCAAAAAGUCGUAGCUACUCUGCAAUGAAAUACGCCGUUGAUGAUGAUGAUGAUGACGAAGACACUUCGACUGUCGAUACAGCAGAUUAUUCGUACGAUGACGACGACGACGACGACCAAGACAAGACAGGAUCAGACGAUGACUUUAUCAACUUUGGGCACGAUGGUACGGAGUCUUCAACAAUGAGCGCACGCAAAGCCCAAAAAUCGAUCCAUAAAGCACGUAAAGUGGGUGGCCAUCCAGCCGGUAGCGUUAGUAGCAGCGACACGGGCAAGUCCCUGAUGCAACAACGCACACGUGUCCUCUACAUCCAGAUGGAAUACUGUGAGAAAAAGACCUUACGAGACGUUAUUGAUGACGGCAUCGAUGAAGACGAAGCCUGGCGGUUGUUUCGACAAAUUUUGGAAGGUCUGGUGCACAUCCAUUCGCAAGGUAUGAUCCAUCGUGAUCUCAAACCAUCCAAUAUCUUUUUGGAUUCGAAUAACGAUGUCAAAAUUGGUGAUUUUGGUCUUGCAACGACCAAUCAAACGUUUGUGGACGCUGCGAAUGCCUUUGCCCGUUCUUCACAUUUGUUCACUAAACAGCAUCCUGGUGCUGUUGAGCGGAGCAUCACCGGUAGUGGUCAUAAUGGUCAUGCCUCGACGGAUGGAAGCUAUGUUGGUUACUCGGCUACCAGUGCGCAUAUUGGACGUGAUGAAAGCAUGACGACCGGUGUUGGUACGACGUUCUAUGUUUCUCCUGAAGUCCUUCCUAAUCCAGCGACUGGAGCGUCUCCGGGCAUGCGAUACAAUCAAAAAGUCGAUAUGUUUUCGCUCGGUGUGAUCUUUUUUGAAAUGUGCUAUACCUUCUCCACGGGAAUGCAGCGAGCUAUUGUUCUUCAAGAGCUGAGGAACGGUAGAUUCCCUGAAGAUUUUCCAAAAGAAUACGGCAAUCAACGAAAAAUUAUUGAGCGCCUGCUGUCACCACAACCAAAGGACAGACCCAACAGCUUUGAGCUCCUUCGUAGCGACUUGUUACCUCCUAAACUGGAAGAUGAAUAUAUCAAAGAAUGCGUUCGCACCAUCGCAAAUCCGAAUACGCCAUACUAUCACAAGUUGAUGAGUGCCAUGUUCUCGCAAUCAUCAGAUCGACACAAGGAUUUUACUUAUGAUUACCAAAGUCAGAUCGAAACAGCUUUCGAUCCAUUCAGUCAUAUUUUCUUUGAACGUAUUCGAGAACAAAUGAGCAAGGUGUUUCGCAGACAUGGUGCUAUCGAUAUAUCACCUCCAUUGCUGAUACCCAAGAAUAGCUUGUAUGAAUGGAACUCAAAAAACCCUGUAUACUUGAUGGAUCCACAAGGCUCGCUGAACCAGCUUCCAUUUGACCAGACAGUUCCAUUUGCACGCUAUGUUUCUCGCAAGAAAGGAUUUCCGCAAUUAAAGCGCUAUACUUUUGAAAAGGUGUACAGAGAAAAUCCAAGUGGAGGCCAACCUGAAGCAGUGCUUGAAGCUGACUUUGAUAUUGUUCACAAAGACACUGCAUCGAUGGUCCCUGAUGCAGAAGUGCUGAAAGUCGUUGAAGAAGUGCUCGAAGAACUACCACCCUUGAAAUCCUCUGGGUUCUACUUUAUCAUCAAUCAUGCCGGCAUUGCUGAUUUGAUUCUGGACAGUUGCCGUGUCCCUACAGACGUCCGAAAUGGUGUCAUGGUGACCUUAUCAAGUCUUGGUCGAGGAACCUCGUUUGCUACUAUCAGAAAUGUAUUGAAACUCAAAUUCCAUCUGCAACGAAGCGUGUUGGACGAGCUAUCAAUCUUUAAUGUUCAAGGCGAACUGGAAACAACGUUCAAAAAAGUCGAGAGUUUACUCGUUGGACCGCACAAGGCCAAGUUUAGAGAGUUGAUCACCGAAUUAAGAACACUUGUUUCGAUAGCAGCCGGCAUUGGUAUCCAUCACAAAAUCGUAUUCCAUCCAUUGUUAAUGUACAAUAAUCAUUUCUACAAGGAUGGCAUGCUUUUUGAAACUGUUGUUGAUACAAUGGAUUCGCGGAAAAAGGAUGUGUUAGCGGUGGGAGGCCGUUAUGAUGUGUUGAUUCAGCACUUUGCACAUCCAAAUGCAUCUGCUAAUCGAAAACUUCGUGCUGUUGGUGUCAAUAUUGCGGUGCAAAAACUUGUCCGACGUAUGGAUAUCUAUCAGUCUGAGCAAGUCAAACAUUUGGUUAAGGCAAAGAACGAGAAACUUCGAGGAUUUGGCGUGUGGGCACCGAAACAGUUUGACGUAUAUGUAGCAAGUUUUGGAAAAGUGGCUCUACAGGAACGUCUUGAAAUAGUGCGCGACUUGUGGAACCAUAAUAUCCGAGCUGAUUUCCAGUACGACGAUGGAAAUCAACUGACACCAGAAGAGCUGAUUGUGCGUUGCAAAAAAGCAAGUAUUAACUGGGUAGUCUUGGUCAAGCACAAGACAUCUGAGGGUAAAGGUGGCCAUCAGAGUAGUGUGGAAACUGUCAAAAUAAAGGAUGUCCUGCGGAAGACGGAAACCGAAAUGAGCAAGGCAGAUCUAUCAGUAUGGCUGUCAAGCGAGAUUAGCGAGCAGUUGCGUGUGGAUCAUAUCCAAGCAUCAGGAAAAGUACGAAAUAAGCAUGAUCUCAAAGCAAAAGAUGUGGCCGAACCAGUUCGUCACGAUGAUGUACCGAAAUUUAAUGAUGGCUAUGAGCUCAAAAAAGAUGACUUUGACGUGCACAUCAUCCACAACGAAGGCCGCGGUGGAAAGGAUAGAACCAAAAUGAAACAUAAGCAUAAAACCAUGCUCAUCGAUAAAGCCAUUUACCAUAUUUCACCAAUUAUGGAGAGUUUAAUGAAAGGAGACGUACAGGUGGUCGCAUUUGACCUGUCCAGGGAACUGACAAAGCGUAUGAGCGAAUGUAACGCGUGGUUGGACGAGCACAGCUUCCGAAAACUGCAAGACUCUGCUGCCAUCGGACAAAAGGAUACCCUCAAUCGAGCACGGAGUGUGCUUCAAAAAAUGGUUGAACGCAAACAUAAAAGCGUGUGGCUUUAUUCAUACAAGGAUGAAUUUGCCGUUCUGUGUAAUUUGCCAGGUAGUAGCAACUGCUUGUAA